AUGCAGAGAAACCUUCCAACAUUGAUCGGCUUCAAAGGCUCCAGACAAAUAGGGGCAGCCUUUUCAUUUCUGGUCGGUGUAUUUCUGUUGAACAAAGCCAGCAACAAGCUCUCUUUGUGCGCGCACAACAACUACAAGUCGGACAAGACUUGGGACUGGGAAAAGGAGUUGGUCAUUAUAACCGGCGGUUGUGGCGGAAUUGGGGCCCAAAUUGCUUCCAAGUUGGCUGCAAAAAAUAUCAAAGUUGUGAUAUUUGACAUUGUUGAGCCAAAGGGCAAACUAGAUGCGAAUUGCUUUUUCUACAAAGUUGAUAUAACUUCAAGCGAGGAAAUCCAUGCCGCUGCGAAGGAGAUUCGCGCGGAACUGGGCGAGCCCACAGUCCUGGUUAACAACGCUGGCUUCGGUUCCGCGACCCCGCUGCUUCAGGUUCCGGAGGAUGUCGUCCGAAAGGUGUUCAAUGUCAAUAUCAUUUCCCACUUCCUGUUGGUGAAGGAAUUUCUGCCGGCCAUGGUGAAUCGAAACCAUGGCCAUAUCGUUACAGUUGCGAGUAUGGCAAGCUUCCUGACGCAGGCAUCGAACGUGGACUACGGUUGUACCAAAGCGGCAGCAUUGGCUUUGCACGAAGGUCUCACUCAGGAAUUGAAGAUUCUCUACAAUGCUCCAUUAGUCCGGACGACCGUCGUCCAUCCAAGUUGGGUACGCACUCCAAUGAUUAGCAAACUCAGCAGCAAUCCAGCAUUCAAAGACAACAUUUUGGAGCCAGAAGAUGUGGCAAAUGCAAUUGUCAGCCAGUUAUAUUCUGGAUACGGAGGGCAGGUUGUUCUUCCGGAGAGUGGUUCCUGGGUUUCUAUCGUUCGAGGUUUCCCAUUGUGGCUACAGGAAAUCCUCCGCACCGAAGUUUCAAUCGUUUUACAGAAGUGCUUAUAA